AUGGAAAACAGUGCCUGAGCUGCCGUGCUGCCUUGCGGAAGCCUUUGUUCGCUGGCGCCUUUUUUUUUUCUUUUUCUGAUCGCUUUCAAGUGGUGCUUCUUGUUGCACGCCUUUACCGAUGAUCGAGGAAGAUGCAAUUCCGUUCUCCUUUUCGGAGAUUAAUCGGACAGGCGAUUUCUCGCAGUGCAAAGUGACAAUCGACGACGUUUGGCGAUACCUGCAUUCCAGCACGCACACCGUUCGCCAGGCGCAUCGGGGCUGGGCCUUGAAGGAAGAAGGCUACAUUUGCAAUGUAUGCGCCAUCAGAUAAUGCAUACCAUACCAUACCAUACCAAUGCGAUGAUGAACUUGGAAACCGGUGAUUCGCGCUUUGGGCUGGUUCGAGCGGCAUGCUCACCAUCUAUGAAGAGCGGCGUCUACGUUGUUUCGGCGUGGUUUGAACGAGUCACAGGAAGCAUCGUCGGAGCUCACUGUGAAUGCGUUGCCGGACUGAGCAAAACAUGUCAGCAUGUAGCAGGACUGCUGUUUGCUGUUGUGGAAGCAGGAUCAGAGGGACCAGCAAAGAAGCCAGUCCCGAAGCUGCCACUGGAGGACAUUUUUUUCCGAAAGCACGUAAUCAAUAAGCCUUCACGGUCCAAAGUGAACCAGAAGUACAGCUCUUCAAAGGGGAAGACAACGCCGAGUGAAGAUAUACUGUCAUUCAAAAAAAGACUUGCCAGUGCCUGCCCAACACUGCAGGCACUGCGUUACAUAGCUCCGUCAGUUGAGGUGGUCCCAAAGGACAUUGAAGAAAGAAGUGUAAUUGGUGACAGUGUUAAUCUCUGGAGCGAUAGAGCUAACGAAGAAAUAAGUAGCUACUUAAAAUCACUCAUAGCUCUCAGUGAGAAGGAGAGAGUGCAAGUUUGUGAGGAGACAGUUGGUCAGGCUGAAAACAAACACUGGUAUCAAGCGCGCACUGGCCUAGUUAAAGCAUCGGUAUUUAAGCGAGCAUGCAGAUGUACAAAGCCUGAGGGGUUGUUUGAAAAGCAUUCUGUACCCAUGUGCAAAUGCCAAAACCUGAGGCGAUUGCAUAUGGUAGAGCACAUCAAAAAGUUGCUAAAUAAGUGCACAGACAAUGAUGUUACUGCCGAAGAAACUGGCCUGCAUAUACACAAAGCAGCCUCGCCAUCAAUGGUAAGCAAGGCCUGCUCAAAGUCAAGUGCCCCCUAUCUAAAAGAGGGCUCACUGCUGAUGAAGCAUCUGCAGACAGAAACUUCUGCUUCAAGUUAG